AUGGAUCUCGAUGGCAGUCAAUGUGUUCCGACACCAUCAACUUCAACUGCAAUAUUAAAUCAAAAUAGUGUUGGAUUGGAUGCUAGUUUUGUAAAGUCGAUUGCUGAACAAUUGGGUAUUGAAUUGCCGGUCGUUUCAUGUCAACAAGUAUCGGAUGAAGUUUCUGCCCAUCUUCGAAAGAUUUUAAAACUUGUACGUAAAUUUCACAAAUGCAGUAGACGGCGGUGGAUUACUGCAGAUGAUUUGGAGGUUGCAAUGGCUUUUUAUGGUCAUUCUCCACUCAUGUCCAGCUGUGAAUCUACUGAUCCUUCCCUCAGGCAUGUUGGUAAGCAGGGGCGUGAUGUUUUUGUCUGCGAUGACCAAGAGUAUGAAAUUGGAACAUUUUUAUCUUCGCCAUCUGGAAAGAUGCCACUAGAAACAACACUUAAAGCUCAUUGGUUGGUUAUCACCGGAACACAACCAGCAAUCCCAGAAAAUCCUUUGCCACCUGCUCCCCCUGAAAUUUGUCUUUCUGAUGAUCAUGCUCAGGAGCAGGCUCUUGUAAAUGGCUCUACGGGUAGUGGUGGUUUUUUCCUCAAUCAGGCUGCCAAAACAAUGCGUAAAACAGAGCAAGUUCAACUUAAAUCAACUAUAACACAUUCAUUGUCUUUGGAGCAGCAAUUAUUCUUCCUCAAGAUUAUGGAGGCUAUUAUGGGUCAAGAUGAGCAGAAACGCAUUGAAGCAUUGAAUUGCUUGCAAAUGGAUUGUGGUCUUCGCUCGCUCCUUCCAAGAUUUUGUAUUGCUAUAACUGAAGGAGUUCGAUGCAACAUAGUUGUCCAUAAUAUGGCUAUUCUGGUCUACCUGCUUCAUGAACUCUUGCCUGCAAUGAUGUCUUGUAUCCUUAGCCGUCAACUUUCAUCCAAUCAACACACUUCUGAAACUCACUGUGUGCUUCGUGAAUUUUCAGCAGAUUUGCUUGCUCAAUUACUUAGGCAUUAUCGUCUACCGCAUAUUCAUACUCGAGUAAUUCGCGCUCUUUCAAGGGCUUUUACAGACCAAAACAUUUCUUUGCCUACUUUGUAUGGUGCUACUUUUGCUAUAUGCGAGCUCGGCGCUGAUGUUAUCCUAAGAAUUUUGCUGCCAAAUUUGGCGACGAUCUGCGAAACUAUUCAAAGAGUACAUUCUGACAAAUUGUAUAUUAAUGAGCGUUCUUUGGCUCAACGGUUAUAUAAUAAAUUGGUGGAAAAAUUAAGUGCUUUUGCGCGUGAUUCAAACUGCGUGCUGCAGUUGCACACACUUGCUGAUUAUCGUGAUCAUUUUGUUGGAUUAGCAGAAGACAUAUAUAAAGUGUGCAAAAACAACAACAAUAAUAUUAUAACUACACAGGUACAUCAAUAA